AUGGAAGCAAGCCAAAAUUGGAAUGGACAUGGAAUAUCGUCAACAAUGAUGAAAGAUAUUGCUACUGUUGCUGCUGUUGAUGCAAAUCAUUUGAGCUCAUUUAUACAAUUACCACCAAGCGAUGAUAACAAUGAAUGCAAUAAGGAUAAUGAUAAUAAUAAUAAUAACAAUAAGAAUAAGAACAAUGGAAAUAAAAAUUCAUUAAUUAUCUCAGCAACAAAUAUUAAAAGAGAAAUUGAUACAAAUUUAGAAACAAAUAUUAUGCGUCGUCAAUCAGUUGUGGUCGAACCAAAUUCAAUAAUACCACAUGAUGAUAAUAAUAUAUUGGAAACAAAAUUUGAUGCAACAAAUUUUUCUUCCUUAUUACCAAAUCUUGUUCAAACUACAGCUAUAAAUCAAUUUUCAGAAUUAUCAACAGCCGUUUCAUGUCAUCAUUAUUCGGAAUGGAUGGGCCAAUCCGGUGUCAGCUUAUAUCCAAGUUGUUCAACAACUGCAACAGCUUUUGCAACACCACAAUAUUACUAUGCUGGUGUACCAUCACAAGCUUAUCUUAUGCAGCAACCAUUGAGUACCGAAUUAAUGCCAUCAAAUGCUAUACAAACAUAUAAUACUGCCACUACAACAACACAAUUAUCCAACAAUUAUGAUCCAUUUCGAAUGAGUGCUAAUUAUGAUUCACUUACAUCUUAUCAAUUACCACAACGUAGUGGUAUAGAUGGAAAUCUAUGCGUUUUUCCUUCUCAAGCGUUAAAUGGAACUAUCGCACAUACCGCAAUACAACCAACAACAGCAGCAUCAGCACAAUGUCAACAAUGUGGCAUUUACACUUCGGAUAUUGCAUGCAGUGGUACAUCAAUAAUUUGCGCCAAAUGCGCAUCUGAUCUCAUGAUACAUUAUAGCACCAGUCGAUCAGAUAUGUCACAACACAUUGUUUCAUAUUCGCCAUUUCUGAGUACAUCUUGCGGUAUUGUUGAAAAUAACGAUGAAGCAUUGAUCAGUGGACAAUUGCAAUCUACUCGGAGUAAUUCCACCGUUAGCCGAAAUCGACAACAGCAACGAAAAAAUCAACCUCAACAUAAUUCACAACGAAGGCAAGGUUUAGUUUGUGCUAAUUGUCGAGGUACCAAUACAACAUUAUGGAGACGAGAUGCUGAUGGACAUCCGGUAUGCAAUGCUUGUGGAUUAUAUUAUAAACUUCAUCAAGUGCAACGACCAAUAUCAAUGAAAAAAGAAGGAACACUACAAACUCGAAAGCGAAAGCAAAAAUCCGACAACAGUGGUAUUUUACGACAAUCUGCGACAACGAAAAAAUUGGUCAACAAUCAUAAUAGAGGAGGCAAUCGCACAUACGGAAAUUCCCAUUCCGCAAGUAGUUCGUUUGGUUCAACCAUUCAAGCAGUUAGCGAUCAGGUUCAUCCCUAUAAUGUUAUCUCAUCGGUGGGUUCAGUAAAUGAUGAUCAAUUGUAUGCAUGGAAUGCUGGAACUCAAUAUGAUACAUCUCAGGAAAUUCCUCUUCCAGGUUUGAAUAUGAAUAAUGUUUUAUCACAAUCAAUAUUUUCAACUAAUCAUUAUGAUACAACAUCAGAAACGGAAAUAAUUACAACUGUUGGCAUACCAACUGAGGUAAUUCGACGAAGCGAGGAAGAAGAAACAACAGCGGCGGUACAUUCAUUACAAGCGCUCAAAGAGGAAUGUUUGGAAGCAAACAUUUUGAAUGAUAAAAAAUUUAAUAAAUCGAUGAUAGUUUAA